UUCCCCCUAUUUUAUAUUAAUUACGGAAAAUAGGAAUUUGAUUAUCACACUCAUAUUUGGCGGAAAACCUAAUUUUGACGCAGAUUUUACUGAUUAGAUUAAUUAUUAUGGACAAAAAGUUAAGAAAAGAUAAAAAAGAAAGAAAAAAAGAAAGGAAGGAUAAGAAUCAAAAUAAUUCUUCCGAAAAUCGAGAGUUUAUUUUCCAGACAAAACACGAAUUAUCUGAGGAGGAUAUUAGACAAAAAACAAAAGAUUAUAAUAUUAAGUUAGACCAAAAUCCUCAUGAUAUUAGUUUAUGGCUUGAGUUCAUUGCAUUUCAAGAUAAAGCUAUGCAAUUUAGUGUUACUUCAAAAAAAUCAGAUUCUACAAAAACAAGUAUAAAUGAAGUUAAAUUAAGUAUAUUUGAUAAAGCCUUACAAUUAAACCCCAAAAAUUCUUGGCUACUUGUUGAAUACUUAAAAUGUUGCGAACAAAUUUAUGAUGUUCCAAAAUUACUUACCAAAUGGGAUCAAAUUUUAACUGAAAAUCCUGGUGAUAUAAUACUUUGGAUGCAAUAUAUAGACUUUAGACAAACAAAUCUUGUUUCUUUUAGUGUUGCUCAAUGUUUACAAGUGUUUGAAGAUUGUUUACACGUAUUACGUAAAUCUGUAGUGGUUGCUACUGAUUAUAAUGAGAAGCUUCGGAUCGAGAGAAUCAUGAUUCACGUGUUUCAACGCGCAUGCGUCUUUAUCUUACAAUCAGGAUAUUCUGAAAGAGCGUACGCAUGUUGGCAAGCGAUGAUUGAACUUAUCUUUUUCGCACCGGAUCAUUUACGUCAACAAACCUUUUACGAUCGUGUCACAGCUUUAGAAAUUUUCUGGGAGGAGGAAUGGCCAAGAUUUGGUGAAGAUGAUGCUAAAGGAUGGGCAUAUUAUGCUGAACAUGGUGAUAAUGAGAUGCAUGUUACUCUCACGCCACCAAAUCCUGUAAAUGUUUCUAAUUUACAUGGUGACGCGUAUGAAAAAUGGGCAAAGGCUGAAGGAAUGCAUGAUGGACAAUUACUUUCAAUAAGAACAGGUACCGGAGGUGAUGAUGAUAUCAAUGUAGACGAUCCGUAUCGGAUUAUAAUAUUUGAUGAUAUCCGAACUUUCUUAUUUGAUAUCACAUUCCCUCAGUCUUAUAUAGAACUUCUUUACGCUUGUUUCUCAUUUGUUGGGUUAACGUUUAAUCCUGGAUAUUCAUCGUCAAAUCCGUUGAUUACGGAUGCAUUCUUGAAUACCAAACUUGUGGACGAAUCAAUUGCGAAUAAUAGUUUUUGGGUGACGGAUAAUAGCUUAUUCAAGUUACCCAUUAAGUCGUUUCCUCAAAUUGAAGAUAAUUUAUUCAAGUCACAAAGUUGGUUUUGUAUUUGUGAUGAAGUUGAUGUUAUAAAUGUCGAUAUGAUAUUUGCAAGGAACGCGUUUUAUCAGUUAAGGCAAGUUGUGAAUGACACGGGGAUAAAGUUGUGCCGUCUUGCUGUAGAACAUUUGUAUGAUAUAUCGAGUGGUCGAUCACUUGCGAAGAGUAUGUUAAAGCGAGAAAAGAUGAAUCUUGCACUUUGGAAUGGAUAUGCACAAAUCGAGCGAUCAUCAAAUAAAUAUACAGAAGCACGUAAAGUGUAUCUUGGUGCCAUUGCACAAAUUCGUUCAUAUCCCGAACAAUUUCAAAUUGAUGCUCCAUUGUUACAUAGAAUGUUUUCUGAAAUGGAAUUAGAACAAGGACAUUAUAAAACUGCUAUGAAUGUUUUAGUGUUGCUAACCGAGGAGCAAGGAAAUAUAGAAUCAGUAGCAGAGAUCGAUGUUUCUGUAACGAGAUUGUUAAAAGCGAGAAAGUAUUAUACACAACAAAUGGCAAGGUCAACAACAACCAUAUCACAAUAUGAAUCAGGAAAUUCGUUACAUUAUUGCGUUUGCUAUGCAUUGUUGGAAUGUCUUAGCCAGAAUUUACAACAAGCUAGCAAGAUAUUUGAAGAAAUGAUACAGGAUAUAGAAAUGAGAAAGGGUUAUUUGGAUUUGGAGGCUGAAUUAAUUUUCAUGACUUACGUAAAAUUAAUCUAUCAGUACCUAAAUUAUAUCGCUAGCAAUAAUAGUUCAACGUCAUCAAAUGAUAUAUCAGGGACAUUAUUUCAAGAUGUGUUAACAAGAGCUAUAAAAGCUUUUCCUAAUAAUACAAUAUUUUUAUCAAUGUAUUUUCAUCAAGAAAUUCGCGGAAGUAUAUCAGUUGGAUUGAAUUCGGUUUUAGAAGAAAUUUUACAAAAGAGUCCGAGUCACAUUAUAUGGACCUUUGUUUUAUAUUCGGAACUAUGUCGACAACCUUUUAAUGUUAAACGAGUAAGAUCAUUAUUUGAUCGAGCACUUGAAAGUUCAAAAACAAAGAGUUCAAUUUCAUUAUGGACUUUGUAUAUAAACUUUGAGAUGACUUAUGGUAGACAUGAUAUAGCCAAAACUUUAUAUUAUAGAGCCGUAAGAGAGUGUCCAUGGUCAAAAGAUCUUUAUAUGAUGGCAUUUAAAAAAUUACGUAAUUUAUUUACUAUAGAUGAAUUAGAAGAAGCUAUGAACGUAUUAUAUGAAAAAGAAAUUAGAUUAAGAGUUUCUAUCGAUAGAUUUGAUGAUAAAAAACAAGAAAUAAUUGAGCGAAUAUAAUAGUACGUUAAGUGAUAUAUUAAUUUAUAGACUAAUAAAAAAGCAUUUUUUAAUGUCAUAAAAAUGUAAUUAAUUAUUCUUUUUUAAAAAUUUUCAAUAAACG